AUGGCAGACCCCAACAACAAUGCCAGCGCGAGUCGUGCAGCUGCGCUCGAAACCAGUCGGAGGGAGAAGCGAGCGCUGAACCAAAUCAGCUGCGCUGCGCGGCGCCCCACUUUUGCCCACUCCAUUGCUAACCCGGCCAGAAUGUCAUCGCCUAAAGUUGAAAUGCGACAAGCAAGCGGCGACGAUGCGACUGUCACUGAGCUGCGAGAGCGGCUCAAUAUGCUCGAGGGUUUACUCAUGGAGGUCGCCAACGGGGCACCGCUGCGUGCAGACGUGAUAUCCUCUCUUGUCGGCCGAAGUGCUUCGCCUGACGGAGAGAAGAAAGGCAAGCACUCCGACCGCCCACCACGUCCACCUCGACCUCGCUCGCGCUCACCAACCCCUGAUCGACCUGUCCGCCCUACACGGCGGAGCGCAUCCCCUCGUCGCCCAAGUCCUACUCCUGUCAACGAGCCUAUGGUACAGGAUCUGGCCCAACAUCCCGGUCCUAAUGGGGACUCUGGCCCAAUGCAGGAUUCCGGUCCAUCGUCUGACUUUGCGCCCGGACCGAUGAUCUUCAACUACGACACGCCGGUCGCGUCUGCCUCCGACCGCAGCCAGCCCAGCCCCCUGGUCCAGCCGUACCCACCCCAAUCUCAGUAUCAGUACCCAGCGGAUGAAGUGCAUGGCACCUUGGUCAUUGGCAAAUCGGGCCGCAGCAAGUGGCUUGGCCCAACGGCAGGAACCGAGUGGCUCAAGAAUCAAGAAGAGAGCAAUGAGACACCUCUCCACAGCCCCAGCCCAACACGCCGAAACAUCUCCCUGCUAGGUGUGCCAGAUACCAACACACUCUUCCCAUUUGGCCACGGCUCGAAAGUCACGGCCUCCAUCAAGGAACUCGUGGCCGGGCUCCCACCGGGCGACGAGGCCGGCGUGCUGGUUGAUUCAUACUAUCGCUACUUCACAUGGAAUCAUGAUGUGGCCCCGCGACGCACAUUCCAGCCUGUGCUCGACCACGUCUACGCCACAACUUGGAAUCGCGAUGUGGUGGCCACCGGGUCUGAGCCCAUCAACCCGCAAGCUCUGGCCCUCAUCUUUGCCCUCCUUGCCAUUGGAGCGCAGCAUAACCCAGAUCUCCCGCCCAACGACCCAAGCGCCGACGAGUACCUAGGCCUGUCACAGGCAUGUCUGGUCAAAGGCAACUUUCUGGUUGAAACGACGCUCAUGGGUGUGCAAACUCUAAUUCUCAUGGCACACUACCACUCGGACAGCAGGAAUGGUGACAGUGCGCAAGUGUUUUGGGAGUCGCACACCAUCGACGUCUUUCAAUCGAACUGCUUCAGUCGACCGUUCUCGCUGCGGCCAGAGCACAUCGACACAAAGUUCCCGGCGCAGACUUAUCUGGAUGGACCGACAGGAGCGAAAAGCUUCAAAAUCCUCAAGUACGAGUUGGGACGGCUGUCUGGAGAUGUACUCGAACACGCUAUGGACGUGCGACCAAAGGCUUACUCUUCGGUCGAGGCCCUUUAUGACAGACUCUGCGCGUUCGAGCAACAGAUUCCCUUCCCCCUCCGCUGCCGUACCGCCCUCCUCGCCCUGCCAUCCGUGUACCCCGAUCCAGACGUGGCUGUGCAGGAAAGCCCAUCGGUGAACCGACGCAAUCUGCAUCGCACAUUGCAGCAGUUCACACUCUAUCUCAACAUCUCGGAACAGAUCGUCUUCCUCCAGCGACCCUACUUUGUGCGCGCGCUGCAGGAAGAACCGAGGGACCCAACUCGAUCCCAGUAUGCUAAAUCCUACCUCGCUGCCGUCGAGCGAUGCAAUGUCAUCAUCCAGAUCACCGCGGGCAUAUACGAGCUGUACCCUGCCCUCGUCACACGCCACUGGUUCUUCUGGUAUCACAUGUUCACCGCUGCGGUCACUCUCGGCAGUAUGGUGCUGAAAUCGCCUCUCAACGCCCUGUCGUCAUUAGCUUGUCAACAGCUUGACGUGGCUGUAGCAACCUACGCCGGAGCAAUGCGCCACGCCCCGUCGUCUGAGCUGGCCCAGAGCCACAGGUGGCUUGUAAAGUUGAGGCAACGGGUCUGCAACAAGAUGGCCCAGGCGGCGGCUGCCUCUGUGGACGCCUCGCUCGGCUUGGGAGCUGGGGAUGUCGCAGCGAGUUCGGCAGCUGACGAAGACGACGAGCUUCUCGGGUGGCGUACACGCUUGAUUGAGCGGAACGCGACUGGCGUGCACCGUAUCAGUGUACGAAGCGUGGGCAGCGUCAGCAGCAUAAGCACGACCAGCCCACAAGUACCCUCCGUCGAAACGACCGGUGGGAGCCAAGAGGCCGAGUUUUCAACGGACCUGCUCCUCCAGCAGUUCUGGGAUCCGACAAUGCUCAACCUCCCUCCGGCAGAAGAGGCGGGUGCACCGAUGGUCAACUGGUGGAACUGGGACUUGAACUUUGAGGCGUUGGCAGACGACAUGCACGCACCGCGGCCGGCGUAG